UGUCUGCAAUGAAAAUCUUCAAUCGUUUCCGAAAAAUUAUAAUGAAACUUCUGUUUUCCAUCCCCUCACCAUCAGCAACUACACAGCAUGGAAUGAGUAGCAGUACUCCCAGGAAAAGAAACAGCACUAGCUGUGACAGAUUUGAGCCCCCAAAGACUUCAUGCAGUUCGUAUUACUCUUCUCAUUCGCAUUACAACGAGGCCAUCUCUGACUGCAUCGAGUUCUUUAACAAGUCUAGCCAAGAGGAUCAUGAAGCCGGAGGGAUGAUUUCGGAUGAUCCAGAUCAGUCCGGCUGCCAUAUGGUUUGAUAUACAUACAUGCGCGCUUCACGUACAUUUUGGAUUAUUCUGUUUUGCUUCACUUUUAUUCUCAAUACAGGUGUGAUCUUUGCUCUUUUUUUUUGUUUCAACUUUCAAGCGCAUGUAUAUUAUACAUGUG